UACAACCUCACCGCUUCAUCUCCUGUGAGUCUAAAAAGUGAAGAUGGGGAAAAUUAAUGGAUGCCUAAAGUGCAUUUUUAUUUUCUACAAUGUGCUGUUUGUGGUGAUAGGAAGUGGAAUGAUUUUCCUGGUAGCACAGCUCACUUUACUCUUCAGUUCCUUUGGGAUUCAGCUCUCAUCAUUUGGUAUGCCAAGCAUUGGCUGGUUUUGGCUGUUUGCGUUUGGUGUCCUCGGUGUCUCCUUCCUGGGAAUCUUUGCUGCCUGCUGUGAGAAAGACAUUGCCAUCAAAAUAUUUGCAGGCCUCGUGGGGACUGGAAUGAUCAUCAUGAUAAUCUGUGGCAUCACUGUAGUUGUCAGAAGAAACCAGUUAAAGGCUGCCUUCCUAAGUACCUCCAGUGAACUAGUGCAGCCCUACAUGGAAGUACCAGGCAUUAGACACAUGCUUGACGCGUUACAGAAACAUUUCGAAUGCUGUGGAAUAGGGAGUGUUGAGGACUGGGGCAACAAAAUCCCAAAUUCCUGUGAAUGCACAUCAGAUGCAACUAAUUGCAAACACAGACCUCAGGGAAAAGGAGGUCCAGAGAAAAUCUAUGCAAAGGCUUGUGGGGAGCGUGUUUUUGGGUUCUUGGACUACAUCUUCAGGAUGAUUAUAAACUUCUUCUUUGCAUUUGUUGUUACAGCACUGCUGGCCCUGCUCAUGACCAUCUGCAUGAUCCGUCAGGUCAAAUGUAACAAUGCUGAUGAAUCCAUUGCCAUGGAAGACAAAUGAAAGGAACUACCACACAUGCAGGUCCUCUUACCUUUAACCAUUUCACUAGGUUUGAGCAUAAAAAGAGGACUCGGUGGUCGGGAUGUGACCUCUUUUUAUUCACUUGAAAAAAAAACGUUAUUUGUGCCUUGAGCGAAAGAGAAGCAGGAGACAAAUGUUGAGGUUGAGGUUGUGGUGUGAUGCAGGAUUACAACACGUAGAGUUUUUCUCCCAGCUGUACAAAGCAUAGCUUAAAAAGCAAAAUGUUUUUUUGUGUGUGUUAUUUGAUACUAUGCAGUAUUCUGGUCCUCUUAUAUGGGGCAUAUUAUAGAAAAGAAGCAGCUUUGUUAGUCUUAGCAGUGUGGAGUAGUUGAAAAUAAAUGAAAACUACUAAAGUUCAUUCAAGAACCACUCAGUUGGCUGGUUUUAAGAACUUCAAAUACUGAUCAUAACGUAAUCUGUUUAAUAUAAAAUGCUUAUUGGCCCAAAAUGAUGAAUAAGAAUAAGAGUAACAAAAUAUCAUGGUGAUUCUAAAAAAAAAAGCCUAACUAAGAGACUGGGUAGAGAAUGGAGUAAAUUGUGAUUGGCUGGUUUAAAAGGGAUUAUGCCUAAACCAAUGUUCUUCUUCAGAAGGGGCUAAAGGCAAAUCUAACUGAGGUAAAAUAGCAAAAAAGGAAGAUGUGAAACAAAAUAACCUUAGUAACCUUACUUAAAAGUGAGUGAAAGAUUGAUGAUAGGGAGUGGCUAUAUAUCAGUGGAUCUUAUGCAAACACAGUGAUUGGACAUCUAAGGUUAGGAGAUGGAGACGAGUGGACACAUGACAGAGCAUAAAUCGGAAAACC